AAAAGAUUCUUAAAAUGGGAGAUAACUGUAUACGGUCUAACGUUGGUAAUUUUGUAAUUUUGUGUACCAGCAGCACGAACUAUAGGUACAAACAUAUGUAUAUCAGUUUGUAAUGUGUUUAUGAGAUCAGUGAAAACAAUAGUGAUUGCAAAUAGUAUUAAUAUAAAAGCAGUGGUGUCUAUUAAAUACUAACAUGUCUUCCCUCCAAAAGUCGAUUUUGAAAUCAAAACUACCACCGACGGGUGUCAAUUUUGGAAUCGGCUCUAGGGUUAGCAAGUCAAAAGGAUUUCAUCGUAAGAGGGAUUAUGAGCCUGUUCAGUGGAUUCCUUAUUUUGAUCAUUCCGAAGAUGUGACGAUAGAAAGGGGCACAUUUCAUGUUUAUACCAAAGGGACAGAAGGACCGACAUUAGUAUUGUUACAUGGAGGUGGUUACAGUGCACUCACAUGGGCAGAAUUCACUAAAUCGAUUAUGACUAUGAUAGUCUGUAAAGUUAUGGCAAUAGAUCUUAGAGGACAUGGAGACACAUGCACAGAUAACGAGGAGGAUUUAUCUGGAGAAACUUUAGCAAAAGAUAUUGCUGAAGUUAUAAAAGCAUCAACAACAGAAGAUAGUUCUAUUAUACUUGUGGGUCAUAGUAUGGGUGGAGCAGUAGCUGUCAGAGCUGCUCCAUUAAUUCCAAAUUUAUGUGGUUUGGGAGUUAUUGAUGUUGUUGAAGGAACAGCUAUGGAUGCAUUAGCAUCUAUGCAAAGCUUUUUAAGAUCUCGGCCAUCUAAUUUUAGUUCUAUACCUCAAGCUGUGGAAUGGUGUGUACGAAGUGGCCAAAUCCGUAAUGUACAAUCAGCUAAGGUAUCAGUACCUGGACAAAUUAAAAACAUCGAAACUAAUAAAUUAGCUACUCACGAUAUUGGUUUACUGUCACAAUCAUCAUGCGAGUGUAAUAUAGAAACAACAAUGCCACGAGACGACAUUAUCCAAGAAGAGGAACCCGUAAAUAUGCCACCACCUUCUCAGAUCAAUACUGCCCUUCCCACUAAAAAAUAUGUUUGGAGAAUAGAUUUGUCAAAAACUGAACAGCAUUGGUUCGGUUGGUUUAAGGGAUUGUCAACUGCAUUCUUAAAUGUACCAGUUCCAAAAGUAUUACUUCUGGCUGGUGUCGACAGAUUAGAUCGAGAACUUACUGUUGGUCAGAUGCAAGGCAAAUUUCAAAUGCAAGUACUACCGGCAUGUGGGCAUGCUGUGCACGAAGAUGUACCAGAUAAAGUAGCAGAGGCAAUUGCUACAUUCAUGGUUAGACAUAAAUUUACAGAACCAGCAUCCGAUUUUCCACGAACUUUUCCUGCUUGUUAGAGCAAAUGAAAAAGUACAAUGGGUAAAAUUUGUUAAUACGAUAAUUAAAAACUUAGUGAGUUAGUUAAAAUGAUCAUUUUAUUUAUUUAAAAAAAGGUAUGUUCACAAAAUAUAUAUGGAUACAUGUAUAAAUAAAAACAGUAUCUCAUUGAGAGAAAUAAAUUCGUUCUUACAUA